AUGGGCACUGUUACCUACCGUGAUGGCAUUGCCAUUCUUCAACUCAUCAUCUUUCCCUUCAUCCUCGUAGCCGCGCUUUUCAUUUGGAAACGAACUGGCUGGAGAGUCGGCAGCAAGAUCUGGCGAUUCCCCUUCACGCUCUCUCUCCUACGGAUCGCGGGCAGUAUCUGUUCGUUGUUGACGAUCGACCACGACUCUUACAAUGUCGAAGUUGCCGUGGCUGUGUGCGAACUGAUUGGCAUCGCGCCGCUGCUGCUCACCUACAUCGGUGUCCUGAGACAAAUUGACACGGAAGAAAGAAUCCCUCCCAGGGUGAUGAAGCUCGCGACUCUGGUUGCCCUUGUUGGCCUCAUCCUCGGUAUCGCGGGAGUCAGCAGCGCCGACGACAGCGAGGGCACCUACCACGCAGACACGAUCGUCAAGGUGUCCAUGGCCAUCUUCAUCGUCAUCUUCGUCCUCUACCACCUGAUCGCCGGCUGGCUAUUCCUGCAGCUCGCCUCUCUCACCAAGAUGAGACGGUUCCAGAAGAAGCUUUUCCUCGCCAUCGCCCUCUCCUCUCCAUUCAUCCUCGUCCGCUUGGUCUACUCGGCGCUCAGCGACUACACCACCGAUGCGAAGUUUUCCGUCAUUGGCGGCAACACGACCGUCUACCUGGUCAUGAACGUGCUGGAGGAGAUCGCAGCCAUGAUCAUCACCAUGGUCCUGGGGAUGGGCGCGGUGAUGGAGAGCGACUUUGUCAAGCUCGCGCCGCAGUCUAGCUCCGAGCAGGUGAAUAAGGUUGAGAGUGUGUAA